CCAUAUCAACUUCCGUUGAAAUAUACCAAGGCGCAAGGGAGAGAUGGAGUAGGAUGUUCUAAUAUUUUAGUUAUAACUAUUUCAAAAUAAGAACCAGGACAUUCGACGAUGUUAAAGAAAGGCAUUUUUACAGACAUGGCUGUAAAAUUUGUUAGUCUGAAAACGAAUCCCCACGUAACUCGUUUAAUGGCUUCAAGGGAGCAAGUUGUGUCGGCACAUGUCCUGGGAUCGGGUGGUUCUGUAACAGAAGGAAACAGUGUCCAACCAGUGAAAAUGGCAUAUACGUCUUAUGAAUCAACAAAACCAUCACCCAUGUCAACAGGCUGUCCUGUUAUCAUAAUGCAUGGCUUGCUUGGCUCUAAGGGAAAUUGGAAUGCCAUGUCAAAAAUGUUGCACAGUAAAACCAAUAGAAAGGUAUUUGCUGUGGAUGCUCGUAAUCAUGGGGACAGUCCACAUACUAAUGAACUGUCAUACAACCAUUUAGUAGAAGAUCUAAGAUCUUUAAUGAAUGAUCUUGCUAUUACACGCUCUACCUUUAUUGGCCAUAGUAUGGGUGGACGGGCUGUGAUGCUUUUGGGCCUGAGAUAUCCAGAAUUGGUAGAAAAGUUAGUUAUUGUUGACAUUUCUCCAGUAACUAUUAGUUCAAACCUCUCAACGAUGCCCAGGUAUUUUGAAGCAAUGAUGUCAGUGCAGAUUGAUGACAAUGUUCCAUUGUCAAAGGCUCGCAAAGUGGCAGACGAGCAGUUGGCUAAAUAUGUAUUGGAUUCGGGGACACGCCAGUUUUUGUUGACAAACUUAGUGGAAGCUGAAAGAGGUCAUUUCAAAUGGAGGAUCAAUCUGGAUUCUAUCAUCCAUAACUUUAAUAAUAUUGCUGCUUUUUCACAUAUAGGCAUGUCUUGUCCAGUGCCUACAUUAUUUAUUGCAGGAGCAAAUUCAGAUUAUAUUAGAUCUGAAGAUCAUGAUGAGAUAAAAAGACUUUUUCCAGCAGCAGAGUUUGAAACUGUUCCUGGGGCUGGUCAUUGGGUCCAUGCAGACAAACCAAAUGAAUUAUUAGGAAUUAUAAAGGAGUUUAUACAAAACACAGAGAAGAUAGAAAAGGAUAUUUGAAUUUUUUUUAUGUUUUAGCUCUGUUUCUAGUCAGUUGUAUAUUAUUUGAUAGUUGUUAUGGUGAAUAAAACAUUGUUUUGAAAAAAAUUGUAUUAAAGAAAAUUUAUUGUGUUAUGUUGAAAGGCAAUUGAAUUUUUGUUUUAGAAACUGUUAUCUCAAGAGUUGCUGUUUUUAUCAUCAUUUUUUAAUAUUCCUGCUUCUGUGUUAGUUUAACAAUUUGGACAGCAUAUUUGCAAUUUUUUAUUUUAGAGGAGAAAUGAUGUAAUAUUCAUAGACACAUGUUUUUAGCCUUCUUUAAUUGUUUUUUAAUAAAAAAUGUAGAGUUAGAAUGGCAUGCAAUAUAUUCCAGGACAAUAAUUUUUGGUUCUACUAUGCUUGAAAUAGAAUAGACCUGGUGUUUUGUAUGCUUAGUGAAUCUGAUUCCUAGUGGCAAAAGAUGUUACAUGCAUUGAAAUUAUAAUAUUAAAACAAUGGGAUAAUAAA